CUACAUAUUGACAAUGUUGCCCCCACAAAUACCACUAUAAUUGCUCUAGGACCGAGCUCGUCAUCGUCUCUCUCUCUCUCUCUCUCUUUCUCACUCUCUCUCCAGUUGAAGAAGAAGACAAAGAGUGUCUAAUAAUAUUUGCAGGGUAUUGGGGAGCACAAAACUUCAUGGUGCUUGACAACUUGAACGGUGGGUGGAGUUGAUAGAACAAGAAGUCAUAGCUGCAGGUUUCACUUUGGGCUGAUCAAUAAAGGCCUCAGUUUGUUAGAUCUGCCUGUGAAUAUUGUUGAGCUCAACGACAUCGUGUUAGUAUUGCCCCUGCAAAUACUAAAAUUGCUCUUGGGAAGGCUCGCCAUCUUUUCUCUCCCUUCAAAUAAGAAGAAGAAUAUAAGGAUAGUCUGAUAUGGACUACAGUUCUGAAGAGUCAGAUAUCAGUGAAUCUGAGAUCAAUGAUUACAUCGAUAAACCAUAUGAGGAGCUGACAACUGGAAAGUUUAAAGUCAAAGGUUUGAAUGGCAACCUUAGAUGUCCAUUCUGUGCUGGGAAGAAGAAGCAAGAUUACAAGUACAAGGACUUGCUUCAACAUGCUUCAGGAGUGGGUAAGGGUUCUGCCAACAGAUCUGCAAAACAAAAGGCAAACCACCUUGCCCUGGCAAAGUAUUUGGAGACUGAUCUAGCAGGUGAAGUGGACCAAACACAACGUCCAGUUUUGCCACAACCUGUUGCUCCACUUCCAAAGCUUGAUGAUCUGUACGUAUGGCCUUGGAUGGGCAUUGUUGUUAACAUUGUAUGUACCAAUGAGAAUAAAGACAUUUUACUUGGUUCUGAACACUGGUUGACAAGGUUCAGGAAAUUUCAACCGGUGGAAAUUCUAGUAUUCCCGGAUGAGAAGGACCUCAUGGGACAGGCCAUUGUAAAAUUUAGUAAUGAUUGGAGAGGUUUCAUGAAUUGUGCUGAAUUUGAGAAAUUGUUUGAAAUUGAGCAUCAUGGCAAAAAGGAGUGGAAUGCACAGAAAACAAAUCUUGGCCCUAAUUGCUAUGGGUGGUGUGCACGUGCUGAUGACUAUGAUGCUGAAGGGCCGAUUGGUGAUUUCCUUCGCAAUAAAGGGCAGUUAAGAACAGUUUCUGACAUUGACAGGGAAGCAGCACAAAGCAGAAACAAUGUUGUGGCAGACCUGGCCAAUGAAAUUGAUAUUACAAAUGAAAAUCUGAAUGAGCUACAGUAUAAAUACAAUGAAAAGACCAUGUCCUUAAGUAGGAUGCUUGAAGAGAAAGACAGGCUGCACUAUGCUUUUGAAGAAGAAACAAGGAAGUUGCAGCGGCUUGCUCGUGAUAAUGUUCAUAGGAUAUUUGAAGAACAAGAAAAACUGAAUUACGAAUUGGAGACCAAGAAGAGGAGACUUGAUUCAUGGAGCAAAGAAUUGAACAAACGUGAAACACUAACUGAGCUUGAGAGACAGAAGCUUGAUGAGGAGAAGAAAAAGCAUGAUCUGAGGAACAAUUCACUUCAAUUGGCUUCCUUGGAGCAGAAAAGGGCUGACGAGAAUGUCUUAAGACUGGUUGAGGAGCAAAAGAGGGAAAAGGAGGAGGCCCUGAAUAAGAUUCUUCAGUUGGAAAAGCAGUUGGAUGCUAAGCAAAAACUGGAGAUGGAAAUUGAAGAGAUAAAAGGGAAACUACAGGUUAUGAAGCAUCUUGGAGAUGAAGAUGAUGCAGCAGUUCAAAAGAAGAUGGAGGAUAUGAGCAAUGAACUGCAAGAAAAAGUUGAGGAUCUGAAUGAUGUGGAAUCUAUGAAUCAUGUUCUUAUUGCUAAAGAGCGACAGAGCAAUGAUGAGCUACAAGAUGCUCGCAAACAGUUAAUUACAGGUUUGACAGACAUGAUUACUACUCGAACGAAUAUUGGAAUAAAGAGAAUGGGAGAAAUCGAUCACAAGGCAUUUCAAGAUACAUGCAAGAAGCGAUUUCAUAUUGAGGAAGCAAAUUUGCAAGCCACAAAGCUGUGCUCUUUGUGGCAGGAGCACCUGAAAAAUCCAAAAUGGCAUCCUUUUAAAGUUGUUGAAGUCAAUGGGAAUCCUCAGGAAAUAUUGGAUGAAGAAGAUGAGAAAUUACGAAAUCUUAAACAGGAGUGGGGUGUUCAGAUAUAUGCGGCUGUCGUUACAGCAUUGAAAGAGAUGAAUGAGUAUAAUCCAAGCGGCCGAUACAUCAUUCCUGAGCUUUGGAACUUCAAAGAAGAUAGGAAAGCUACAUUAAAGGAGGUGAUCAGUUAUAUAGUGAAGAAUAUCAAGGCACUUAAGCGCAGCAAAUCAUGAGGCAGAGUUCAAUACUAGCAAAAUUGGGGACAUGGAACAAUCUCAGCAAUGACUUAGAUGUCAAGGAUGGCUUGGAUGGUGACUCAAGGGGAGAUUUAUACUCUCUUUGUCGUGGUCUUUGGUUGUUUGAUUUGAAAUUGUCAUGGUAGAAUUUAUUCUCGUUUACUGUUUCUCAACUGUUGGAUCCAGUCUGUUACUCUAAACAUGUAUUGUUUUAUUGACAUCUUAUUGUUGGACUCAA